AUGCCUGCCUUGUGUGUUGUUUUGCACCCAGAAAAGGGGAAAACGCAAUUUGUCAUGGAGUUUUUACGAGAUACGAGACCGGAUUAUAUAUUUUUGCUACUACGGUACAACGAACACGCCCACGAUUUGGAGCCGUUCCAAGGAGAUCAAGACAUGGUUUUGAAAAAUUAUUUGGAUGGAUUGCUGGAGGCCAGCAAGUACACGAGCGCCAUUUUCCUGGAAGUCGACCAGCCGUUUAAAUGUGACCAUUCCACGGCCGACUAUUUGAAUCGUUUCGUCGAUUUACUACAAAAAAGAGAGGGGCUAGAAGAGGCGGAUUUGCCCUUUAAUGAAACCGAAUUCCUGGAAUCGCCGGUGCAAAAACGGCUGAAGGUCGUUUUUGAAAAAUGCCCAAGAUGCCAUCCGAUCGAUAUCUCGGAGGAGCUUAUUGACCGGCAACGUGGCAUGCUAAAAACCGUCAUUAAUAAAUUAACG